CGUGUAAGGGCGCUUCAAAUACACUGUAAAAGAUGCAUAAGGGAGCGAUGCUGAUGCUGGUGAUGCGAGAAUAAUUUCUCACCGGAGGCAAGCUUUCGAACGGACCGAGAGGGUGACGAUGGACUUCGCAUUCAGGAUAAAAUAAGCAAACGCAAAAUCGAGUCAGCUACCUAGAGCAGAAGCGAACGUUUACUCAAAUUGCAACAUAAAUAGUAGAGAAAAAGGUGAGACUGAGACCCUGGAUCGGAUCCAUCCUACAGUCGCUGGAGGCCUGGAUGAGAAAAUUCCUGUCUUCUAUUUCGUAGAAAUCUUCCCUCCAACUGUCAGCUACCUACUGGGCGCAGCACUCUAGAGAUCCUCAAUAUGGAGAGAACUGCCAUUUCCACAUCACUGCUCGCAGUCUGUUUCGUUUUGGCUGUGUGUCGCUGUUCCCUUGCAGUUCCCUUCUGCCCUGCCCAGUGUGUCUGUGAGACACGCCCAUGGUACACGCCUCAGUCGGUCUACCACCAAGCCAAAACUGUUGACUGCAACGAGCUCCAUUUGAGCAGAAUCCCAUGGAAUAUUUCAAUUGAUACUCAGGUGCUGCUUCUUCAGAGCAACAAUAUCUCCAGGGUAACCUCAGAACUCCAGAGCUUGGUAAACCUCACGGAACUGGAUCUCUCCCAGAACCACUUCAUACAAAUCCAGGACGUUGGCUUGAGUAACCUAAGCCAACUGGUCACACUUUACCUUGAGGAAAACCAAAUUAAAGAGCUGCCUGAUAUGUGUCUGAAGGACCUAGUCAACUUAGAGGAGCUUUAUAUUAAUCACAAUCAGAUAUCUUCUAUUGGUCCUAAUGCCUUUUCAGGCUUGGGGAAUCUGUUGAGGCUCCACCUUAACUCCAAUAAGCUUGUGGCGAUAGACAGCCACUGGUUUGAGUCCCUACCCAACCUUGAGAUCCUAAUGAUAGGGGAAAAUCCUAUUCUCGGACUGCAAGAUAUGAACUUCCACCCCCUCUCUAAAUUGCACAGCUUGGUUCUCGCGGGAAUGGGGCUCAGGGAAAUCCCAGAGGGUGCUUUCCAGGGACUGGACUAUCUUGAGAGUCUCUCAUUCUUUGAUAACAAGCUCACGGCCGUGCCAAAGAAAGCCCUGCGCGUUCUGCCGAGCCUCAAGUUCCUCGACCUCAACAAGAAUCCCAUUGUCCGUAUACAGGAAGGUGACUUCCGAGACUAUCCCCACUUAGAGGAACUUAGUCUAAACAACAUGGAGGAGCUUGUGGCGGUCGAGAGGGGCGCAUUUUCUAACUUACCACAAAUGGCCAAACUUGAGCUCUACAACAACCCUCGCCUGUUCUUCAUAGAUCGAGCCGCUUUCCUGAAAAUGCGUGGCUUGCGCACCUUACUCAUCCACAGUAACGACCUCAUGCUUUUGCCUCAUGAGAUUCUUUCUGCUUUCCCCAGUCUGGAUGAAAUCAGUCUUCAUGGCAACCCACUCAGGUGCGAUUGUCUCGCCAACUGGUGGCCCGUCCUGGGCAACCAGUCAAGCCUCAAAGUUCUGGAGCCCCAAAUAACUCUUUGUGCCUCCCCGCCACAUCUCAUUGGCCAAUCCUUACAGGAAGUGGUGUCUGCAAAUUGGAAUGGGGCAAGCAAUACCUGUCUGCCUCUAAUUUCUCAGCACGCCUUCCCUCCACAGCUCAACGUUACCUUGGGACAGCUUCUAACACUCAACUGCUGGGCCGUGGCAGAUCCAGCACCUCAGUUUUACUGGGUGACACCCACCGGAGACAAAGUGACUUCUGAAGCAGUUUCACCAUCCUCGAACGAGGGAGGAGGAAUACCGAAGAAGCAUCGGAUGCAAGAACAAGGUGCUCUAGAGAUCCCUCACGUUGAACCAGAGGAUGCUGGUCUCUACACGUGCGUUGCUUGGAACGCAGAGGGAGCCGACACCCGGAGUGUCUCUGUGUUCGUGGAUAGGAGCAACUGGCAUGGUGGGCGCCCUAUUGGAGGUCAUCAAGGGGUGCUGAACACUACAGGAUCCUUGGUAAUCCUGGCAAAAAUCGUCCAUGCCCAAUCUGUGGUGCUCGAAUGGAAGGUGCACCCAUCCGCCGCCUCUUCCAACCAUGAGGUGUCACAACCCAAGUGGCUUAGCGCUACGGUAAAAAUCGACAACCCGCAGAUCAGCUACACGGCGAUGGUUCCAGUAGAUGUCCAAGAGUAUAACCUCACGCACCUCCUGCCUUCCACCGAGUACCAAGUUUGCCUGACAAUGGCUGGUACAGAGCAGACCCAGCACUCUUGCAUCAACGUGACCACCAAAGAAGCCAGCUUUGCUGUGGAGAUGGUUGCCCAACCGACCAACGUAGCCCUGGCGGCGGUCAUGGGCUCAAUGUUCGCCAUCUGCAUAAUGGCUCUAUUGGUGUUCUACAUGGGACGCCGCAUGAAGCAGAAAUCUUGUCACCACUCUCUCAAGAAAUACAUGCAGCACACCACUUCCAUUCCUCUGAACGAACUCUACCCACCGCUUAUUAACCUCUGGGAGAAUGAGACAGAAAAAGAAAAAGAGGGCACCGCUGACCCUCAGAACUCACAGAUAGACACUUCAAAAACAUACAUGUGGUAGCUGCACAGCAGAAAGUAUAUAGAAGAGACAUUUUAAACAGUAUAUGUACUCUCUUGUACAUAAACGACAAGUAUGUAUUAUUGAUUUGUCAUUGUGAAAGAUAUAUGUAUUUUUAGAUUGUACCCUUCAAUGCCAAGCACACUUGGUUGCAGUUGUGAUUUGUUAGACAGCCAACAGACGUGGGCAGCAAAACACACUCUAUGCUUUUGCAUUGCAUUGUAUUUUCUGAGACUAAUUCAACGUUAAGCAUGCCAAUGUGUUAAUGAUUCAUAUAAUUUAUUCAUUCUAUAUCAGCACUAAGCAAGCUAAUACACUAACACAGAUCGACACAUAUUUAUACCGCCUCACACAUAUCAGAUGCAGUCACAUGACAUCCGAUUCUGGAGUUUUUGCAUGGAAUCUUUGCAUGAUAUUUUGGUGCUAACAGGGAGUUUUUUCCUAGUUUUCUCACUUCUAAAAAUACACAGGCGUGAGAAGGUGACGUACGCGUGCUCGUUGCUCUCAUUUGUCUUCAGCUCGUCACAUUUUAUCACCUGCAUUGUAAUGAAUAUAAAACUUAAACCAAACCUGCCAGGUGCUAUGAAGUUGCUGUUACUGCAAACUAAUUAGCUGUCAUAUGUAAUUAAUAUCUGGAACACAACUGCGCAGCUGUGCUUAUUUAUUCCUGCAUUGUUAAAUAACUACUUAUUGAGGAGUGUGUGAAAAUGGCUGUGUUUAUUAGCGCUGACUGAAAAUGUAUUUCAUAUUUGAUAGAAAAAGAAAUCAUUAGACUAUAACGAUCAUGUGGUUCAGAUGCCUGACAUUUACUUGCAGACAUUCACCAUUGCUAACAAUGAUGGGGCCGUUCUAUGCUUUGCACCUCAUCAUGCGCUUGGCGUUUUGAUUACCGAGAGAUUGCUUCAGUUCUCAGUUAAACAUGUUGCCAAACUCAAUAUUCACACAAUUCAGUCUCGGUGUGGUAAAUUAGGUAACAAGUGUGUGUGGAGAAUGAGAAUUGAAUCUAGUAAGAAUUAAAAAAGAAUCAAUGUUGUUUUUCCCCUCCCAUAGAUUAAUUAACAUUUAAAAUGCAUAUGCCACCCUGAAAACAACAUUUAAUUCAUUUUUAAGGUUUUGACAUGUUUAAACUUGUGAGAUUUGUGCAUAAACCUGCAUCAUAUCGAUUAAUACAAAUGUUAUGCAAGACACAUGCUCAUGUACUAUUGUUCUGUUGUCUAUCAGCAAAUGACAUCUAUCCAGAUAUUGAUGAAUAUAACCAAAUUAAAUGAUAAGUGUUCAAUGGUUUACCUUUUCGGGUGCACUCAGUGAUUUUUAAAAAUGUUGCAAACCUAUAGAAACUAUUGUUUUUGCAAAAAAAAAAAAAAUUUACGUGACCAGAUGUGAUCACCAGAUACUAGUUGCUUUUUGCGAAUCUGUACCUGUUUUCUGAUACCGUUGCUCACAGGACUCAUUUUGCUGGCUAGUGGCUAGUGCAUUACUUACAACCUGAAUACUUUAGCAUGAUGCUGCAUUCACAUUGCUAAAUGUCAGUGUACUGUAAGUCCUGAAAGACCGUCAGAGCAACACAAACAACUGAAAAAGAUUACUGGGGGCACUUUUGUUAUGUAUUAUUUGAACCAAAGAUGAGACGCAUAUUCAAUACUUCUCUCAUCACUGCCAUCAGUCAAUGAGAUGUCAUGCUAUAUUUAGCUCUGAAGGACAGUGAGGGAAAAUAUCUAUUAUAUAUUUUAAUGCCUCUUGAUGUUCUUUACUUUUCAGCUCAGUUUUUGAGCUAUUUAUUGUAAGUAUUGUUUAUGUUUUUGGUAUUUCACGAUGGAUCUUAUUUUGGUUUCUGAGUUAAAGGGUUAGAAAAUGCACUCAAGCUCAUGCAGACAACAUGUGAGCAGUCAGCUCCAAUGUGAAACGUUGUUCGUACUCACGUCACAUGUUUUUAAGAUGUUCUUUCAUCACUGACUGUAAAUCACAUUGUGUGUUAUUACUGGCAGAAGAGCAGAGAAAAUGUCACCUUAUAUUAAGCAUUAAAUGUAUCACUACAGCUCUGCCCUCUAGUGGUGGAGGACACUAAUGACGUCUUACACGAUUUACUUGUAUCUCAGUGAAUAGCAGGGUAUUUUGUAAUAGAGGAAUAUUAUUGUUAUAUUUCAAUUAAGUCAACAAUAAUGGUUUUACACUGUUAAGACGUGUUGUGACGUCCGUGCGCAGUAGUUCAGGAGAAAUGACUGUCUGAAGAAACAUUUGAGAGAAAUAAACACAAUAUCACCACAA